CCCAUCCAUCUAUCCAUGCACCUAAGACUGUAAGAGCCGGGCUGCACUCCACAGUAACCUCAAGUGACCCCCACGACACUUCCUUUCAUCGACUACACACAACCGGCUGUAGAGACAGAUGGUGCAAUAAGAAGAACAUAAUAAUAAAAACAAAAAGAUGGUUCUUGAAGUGGUGAAGGAACAGAGGAAGGAUGGCACUGCGACCUCCGGACAACAGUUUUCGGCUGUGACCAUUGACAAGAUCCCAGACAAACUUCUUCUCAAAGUCUUUUCCUUCCUCAAACAUUCGGAACUUGGCAGAGUUGCUCAGGUGUGCAGGAAAUGGCGACUGCUGGCAUACGACAGUCGCCUGUGGAAGUGCGUGUCUCUCCGAGCGGACUACUCAGGACUUCACAUCAGUCACCUGGACACUCUCCUCGGACUGAUCAGUCUGCGGUUUGGGGCAACCCUGCAGUACAUAGAGCUUCCAUCAGAGAUUAUCACGGCUCCCGUCCUGCACGAGCUGGCCAACAAGUGUCCAGCCCUUCGCUGCAUGACUCUCGAUUUUUCCAAUGCUAUGCAGCUUCAUGACUUCAAUGACUUGAAUGCCUUCCCGUGCAACCUGCGCAGUCUGUGCAUAUGUCUGUCAGAGGUGAUUUUCUUGGAAGGCUUCAUGAGGAGAAUCUACAGCUGUUUGUCAUCAAUUGAAGUUCUCCAUCUAAUUGGUACGUUUGAGCUGUCGAGCGAGUCGGAAGAAGACAAUUACGAAGUGAUCAACAUCGGGAAGAUCAAGGCUCACACUCCGAACCUGAAGGUGGUCAACCUGUACGGGAUCUGUUUCCUUGACGACUCGCACAUAGAGCUGCUGUGUUCUAACUGCAUCCAUAUUGAAUGUCUGGCCCUCAACUUCUGUCUCGGGGUGCGUGGCUCGUCCUUCCAGACCCUCAUACAGAGGUGCAAGAAACUGAAAACUCUGCUCCUACAACACACAGGUCUGGAGGAGAAGCACAUGCAGAGUGUGGCGUGGGAGACGUCAUCAGUGCAGGAGCUGGACCUGACCUCCACGGAACUCUCCGAGCAGUGUCUGGAGAAUGUGCUCACCCGCAUGCCGGGAUUCACCUACCUCGGGCUGGGCUACUGCGAGUUCUUCUCCGACAAGGUUUUGGAGAAGCUAGUUGAGAAGGGCAAACUGAAUCGCCUGUCAUCUCUGGACAUCAGCUACACCCACGCCCUUUCUGAGAAUGCCACACUCCAGUUCCUCCACACCCAUGGCCACAACCUGCAGGGCCUGAUGCUUGUCGGGAAACCCAAGCUGACGGAAAACUUCUGGCUCAUGGUCAUUCAUCACAUGAAGAACCUCAGAAUCUGUGGACUCGGUACAGCUAAUGGCUGGUUUCUACGUAUGCAGAGUCGUGUGCACCUGGACCAAGUCAUAGAAACAUUUGCUCAAAACUGCUGCAAGUUGGAGCGACUGGAGAUCCAGUGGGACCCCGACUCAAUCCGGUUCAGUGACAAGAGCAGCAAGUUCAUCGAUCAUCUCAGGUUAAAGUGUCCCCGUUUGAAGUCAUUUACACUGAGCGAUGGGGAGUAUUAUGAGAUGGUGAAGUCAAACUUUGAGCGAGCUGACCGAACUAAAGUCGUGCGCACCACCACCAACUACCAGACCAGUCUCGUCAGUCUCCUGCACUGCUACAGUGACCUUCUCUUCAACUAAUACCAAGUUGGCACACUGUAAAAUACAACACUGUCAAAAAACACUAAAAUUGCCCCCCCCCCCCCCAACUAGAACCAAGUUGGCACACUGUCAACCCCCCAACCCCCCAAAAAUCCAAAAACCAAAAACAUGCAGUUUAUACUUCCCACCAAACUGUUAAUAUAAGCGUCUGAGUUGUGAAGUCAUUUUGAGCCUUACAAAUCUCAUGGGUACCACCACAGAUUUUUGAUAUAUGCGUUUGUUUAUGGCUGCAAUGAAGAAGACACAUUGCCAAAAGGAGGUUUGUUUACAGCCCCUGGAUCCAUCCUGAUAUUUGAGUUGCACGGAUGUACCUUAGAUUGUCAUAACUGGAUGCAGUAAAACAAAUGGAAGGUUAAUGCUACAGUAAUAUACUCGUAGUAUCUUCUUCAGUUAGACAAAAAAGGAGAAAGUUUUGUAAUAAAAAAGGAAGGAAAUGUUUUAUUUAACGACGCACUCAACACAUUUAUUACGGUUAUAUGGCGUCAGACAUAUGGUUAAGGACCACAUAGGUAUUAAG